AUGUCCGACCUCGAUGGGGGCUCAUCCGACUACUUCGAUGACGACUUGAGCGACUUUGUCGUCAAGGACCCUUCUGACGAGGCAGAUGCGCCGACAGACAAGGACUCCCCUCCACCAACCAAGCGCCGUCGCCUGAAGGCCGCUUCGAAUGAAGGUCUACAACCGCACAACAAACGCCAUGGGAGCUAUAGCGACAGGGAUGACGCUGGGCUCAGCUCGGACUCGUUUGCUGACUACGGUUACGAGGAAUUCUCGACCCUUGAUCGGGAAUCAAUGCGCCCCGCAGAGAGUCCGGAGCGAAAGGCACGCCCCAAACACAAGGUCUUCGCGCCCAAAAACCAUAACCCUCAGGACAAUAUCUUCGUCACUCAGUUGACGCAACCUCCUUCGCCUCCCGAAGCGCUUCGCGGCCCGCGAUGGAAGAAGCCCGAUCCAAUCCCCCCUCCCCGAACUACAAUAAUCGAGAAAGAAAGCGGGGGAAGCGGCACUGGUGUUGUUGUUGGUGAUGAUGAUGAUGAUGAUGAUGAAGAUGACGAGUAUGACGAAGAUGAAGCGCUUAACGCAGCAAUUGAGGCAUCAAUGCAAUCGUUCGAGGAAGAAAGCUCCAGACAAGCCUCCUUUUCAGCAUCCAUACCUCCGCCUCCACGACCUCCAGCGAAUUUCGUCCCUGGACAGCAAACCGUUGCACUGGGCUCCUCUAAUGACUUCCUUGACGAUAUUCCCGAUGAUGCUUUCGAUUCGGAUUUAUCUAUGUCUCCACCUCCCACAGCCCAAUCGCGCCCGCCGCCCCAACAAUUCACCAAGUCUGCAAACCGCCCACUGGGUGUUCGGCAAACCUCAUUGUUCGAUAUGGUUGCUCGGAGUCCAGCAAGUCAGCCGCCACUUGGUGAGCAGGUUUACUCGCCACCUGACAAGGAAGAACCUCCCACCCAGCAUAAACUGAACCAAGAAACUUUGGGGACAUGGAUAUAUCCUACCAACCUGGGGAAAACUAGAGAUUAUCAAUUCAAUAUCGCGCAAAAAGGUCUCUUCCACAACUUGCUUGUAGCAUUGCCGACCGGUCUGGGGAAGACGUUCAUUGCAGCUACAGUCAUGCUCAAUUGGUUUCGCUGGACCAAGGAUGCUCAGAUAAUCUUUGUUGCUCCCACCAAACCAUUGGUCUCCCAGCAGGUUUCUGCCUGCUUUGGAAUUGCGGGGAUUCCAAGAUCCCAGACAACGAUGCUCACUGGAGAGGCUGCUCCGGGCAUUCGAGCUGAAGAAUGGAAGGCCAAACGCGUGUUUUUCAUGACGCCUCAGACUCUGAUUAACGACCUCAAGUCUGGAAUCGCAGACCCGAAACGGAUAGUUCUCAUUGUCGUUGACGAAGCUCAUCGCGCAACGGGCGGUUAUGCAUACGUGGAAGUUGUGAAAUUCGUCCGGCGGUAUAACCAGAGUUUUCGUAUCUUAGCCCUGACGGCAACGCCAGGAUCAACAGUGGAAUCUGUACAGGAUGUUAUCGAUGGAUUGGAUAUCUCCAAGGUUGAGAUUCGUACAGAACAAUCCAUCGACAUCAGGGAAUAUGUCCACUCCAAACACACGGAAGUCCAGACAUUCCAAAACUCGGAGGAGAUGAUCUUCUGCAUGGACCUUAUAUCGAGGGCCCUCCAACCCCUUGUUGACCAGCUCGGGAGUAUGAAUGCUUACUGGGGUCGCGACCCCCUCGGGCUUACUGCGUAUGGUCUUACCAAAGCUAGGCAGCAGUGGAUGAUGUCAGACGCCGGUAGAAACGCCCACUUCGGUGUGAAAGGCAAAGUGAACACAUUGUUCACCAUCCUGGCGAGCCUGGCACAUGGAAUCGACCUCCUCAAAUACCAUGGCAUAACACCUUUCUACCGUCAUCUUCUGCACUUCCAGUCCAGCACCGACGGGCAAAAGGGUGGCAAGUACCAACGGCAGGUUGUCCAGGAUGAAAGCUUCAAGAAACUUAUGAAUCACCUACAGCCGUGGACUAGAAACCCAGAGUUCAUCGGACAUCCCAAAUUGGAGUAUCUGAAACAGGUUGUGUUGAAUCAUUUCAUGGAUGCGGGAGACGGCGCUGGCACAAGCGAGGACCAGGAUAAAUCAGCCACGCGAGUCAUGAUAUUCGUGCACUUCCGAGACAGCGCCGAAGAGGUAACGAGAGUACUGAAGAGGUACGAACCUAUGAUUCGGCCCCACGUCUUUGUUGGACAGAGUAGCGCCAAGGGAUCGGAAGGGAUGGGCCAAAAGACUCAGCUCAGCAUUGUGCAGAAGUUCAAGGAGGGCGUAUACAACACAAUCGUCGCGACCUCGAUUGGUGAAGAGGGAUUGGAUAUUGGCGAAAUCGACUUAAUUGUGUGUUACGACUCCUCUGCCUCCCCUAUUCGCAUGCUGCAGCGAAUGGGACGUACUGGCCGGAAACGGGCCGGAAACAUCACUCUUCUUCUUAUGCAGGGCAAGGAGGAGGAAAGCUACAACAAGGCCAAGGACAAUUACCAGAAGAUGCAGCAGAUGAUUGCCAGUGGCACCCGUUUCACCUUUCAUGACGACCAGUCCGCACGCAUCCUUCCCGCGGGUAUGCGGCCCAUUGCCGAUAAACGAGCGAUUGAGAUCCCCGAAGAGAACGCCAGUCAGGAUCUGCCAGAGCCGAAACGACGAGCAAGGGCACCGAAGAGGCCGCCCAAGAAGUUUCAUAUGCCCGACAACGUGGAGACUGGGUUCACCACGGCAGCAAAUCUGGCGGAAGAAGGCACCAAAAGCAAAGCCAAAGCCAAAGCCAAGCCCAAGCCCAAGCCCAAAGCCCAGCCUAAUCCCAAAGCAAAAAGUAAGAAUGACACGCCGAAUCCAGAGCCAGAGCCCGUGGAACUACCGGCGCUUGAAGAGGUCUUGCUUACCCCAGCGCAGCGAAAAGAACUUGAGGUCCAUUACGGCAAUGCGGGGCCCAUGCUUGAGCUUUCGGACUUUCAGCCUAGAAACGACACCUUCCCACGUCUUCAACUCGUCCAGCGGCCUAUCCAGACGGUCAAUCAUGGGUCGCUUACUCGCCGGAUAAUCCAAACAUUGCAAAAAAUGGCGCAGGUGCGUCCUGACUGCGACCAUCGAUUCAAGGAGGUUGUGUCACAUGAGCUGGUCUCAUGGCAGCAGAACCUCGCAGUCUCAGGUGAAGGAGAAGAAGAUCGUAGACACGAAGUUAGAAGCUCGAAGAUCAGACCUGGGGUCAGGCAGACCGAUAUUGGAAAAGAGGACCGCUGUGCGGUUCAACGGACAUCACCGAUGACCAUGCCGAGUGUAGAGCCGUUCUACUCUUCGCAAAUCACCGAGGACGGAGACAUGGAGGAUGAUUUUGAAGCCCCUGAUGUCUCCACUCUCUUGGAUAGGAACACUUCUCGGAGCCUCACAAACACAACCAUGGCGGACGCUCAAUUCGACAGUGCGCUCGACCUUCUCCGGCGUUUGAACCCCCGCGAUACCAAGCAAAAUCUCCAGGCGAUCACCUCCAUCGUCCCGGAUCUCACCGAAGACCUCCUCUCGUCCGUCGACCAGCCCCUCGAGAUCCGAAAGUGCCCCCGCACCAACCGGGACUACCUCCUUUGUGACUACAACCGGGACGGAGACAGCUACCGCUCCCCCUGGAGCAAUGAGUUCGACCCCCCGCUCGACGAUGGAACCGUUCCCAGUGAGCGAGUGAGGAAGCUCGAGGUGGCCGCCAACGAGGCAUUCGACGUCUACCGCGAGCUGUACUACGAGGGCGGAGUGGGCAGCGUCUACUUCUGGGAUCUGGACGAUGGGUUUGCGGGAGUUAUACUGUUGAAAAAGGGAGUUACGCCUGGUGCGAAGAGCUCGGGGGAGUGGGAUAGUAUCCACGUCUUCGAGGCUACCGACAGAGCGCGCAUGUCUCAUUACAAGCUCACCAGCACUGUCAUUCUUCAUCUGGCCAACGAGUCUGAGGCUCUGGGUGAGAUGGACCUGAGCGGGAACAUGACCCGUCAGGUCGAGGUGGAUUUGCCCGUCGAGUCGGAUGCGAGCCACGUCGCUAAUGUGGGCCGUCUGGUCGAGGAUAUGGAGUUGAAGAUGAGGAACUUGCUGCAGGAGGUAUACUUUGGCAAGGCCAAGGAUGUGGUGGGUGAGCUCAGAAGUCUUCCGUCGUUGUCCGAGUCGAACAGAGACAGGGCUACUCACAUCGAGAUGAUCCGGUCCAUGCAGAAGUAAGCCAACUGCCGGUCGAUUAGAGAAGCCAGCGCAUCGCUUGUUGUUUACUAGAACCUACUGUUUUCCUUUUUUUUCCCCCUUUGCCCUGCGAGUUUACCGUUCCGUUGAUUGUAUGUAGUUUGAGCUCAAGGUUCCUGGGGAUCCAAUUAUACUCGUAUACGAUGAUAAAAAACGAUGUGCUACUGAUGUAGAAUAAAUCAAGACGGUCACAGCUUAGUGUUUGACGAUAGUCCCU